UAUGGCUGUCUGUACACGCGGUCAUGCUACACUUUGUCAUGGUUAAUAUUAAUGCUCAUGCCAUCACACUUAUAGUGGUCCAUAUCGUUGUGUCUGGUCCAAGUCCUUACUGGUUGAGUGAGGCUGUAGGUGAUUCCUGAGGGAUCAAUCUUAGCUGUGUGAGAAGCAGGUCUACUGCAAUACUGCUGGUAACAAAAGGCGGCUGUGUUUGACACUCCAGUCUGCCUGCUACUGUCACUGUUUCUGUUUACCAGGGACUUACCAUGCUGACCAUGCAUCUGUAAAGGAGAUAUGGACUAAGACAGGUCUUAUUUUACCUCAUUACUGCAGUGUUAUCUUCUGUUUCUAUGGAAUCUUUAAAAAAUUGUGACUUCUGGGUAUCUGAUGAAUUAAGGAAAUAAAAAGAAAUAUCUGAGUAUUUAUGCCAUAUGUUUGGGGACCUCAGGUGGUGUGUGAGGCCCCACUACCAUGGGUAAGGUGAGUCUGUGAUACAUAGUGAAGGCCCAAUGAACGGUCCGUCAUCCUAUCAGCAGUGUCAAGUAUACCGGCAAUUCUAUGGCAUGAGACACGUACCACAGACAUGUUUGGUCACAAACUCAUGGACUUUGACAUCACUCGUAAGUCUUUGUCCUGCUGCGGAUGUCUGCCACGAGAGGACAGUUUGGACAGUCCCACAGAGACCACAAAGUGCAAUGCUAAGGAGUACAAUGGUGUCAAGAAAGGAAAAGAUUCAAAGAAGAAAAAUAAAAAGGAAAAAUCUGGGUCAAAUAACACUAUCUCUGGGAAAAUCGAAAGUGAAGGGAAUGCCUAUGCCUACCAAGAUGAUGAGACUUCCAGUGACAGUGACGAUGAGGUGCUUAAGAGGUACCAGAGCACGCUCGCUACAACCCACAGCAUACGACGGACAGAUACGUCACAGAGUGUACGCAGCUCAAAGAGCGGAAAGAGUUCCAAAAGUAGAAAAAGUGUAACAGAAAAAAGCUACCUCACUCCAAAAGACAAAGUAUCGCUGGUGCAUGAAGGGGAAACUGGGUCCUCUAUGGAGGAAGUGCCACAGACCCCACGGGACUCUAGCGAUGAGGAAAGUGUCCUCCGAACCACCACCCCCAAGGAAAGCAUUGAGGGUGGGAAGAGGAGCAGUCGAGCUGGGAGUGGAGGGGUGUCCCCAGAACCCUCCACAGCCUCUCUGUCACCCAAAGGCUCACAGGCACAACUCACAUUUGACAAUCAAGCCUAUCAGGGGGAGAUCAUUUCACCGUCUGGCAGUGAGCAAAUAUCUCUUGUAGGAGGAAUGUCUGCAGAUGAACACUUGUUUGAUGUCAGUGAUCUACAGAAGGAGCCUCCAUUAAUCUCUAAGUGUGGCAGUUUAGAAAUGACAUUUUCCUAUGACCCUAAACGAGGUCGUAUGGCGGUGACGAUACACCAGGCACAGGAAAUCCCGAGUAAGGAGAGAGGCGGAGCCAGUAACACCCAGGUCCGGCUACUACUCCUCCCCUCAAAGAAACAUCGCUUCAAAACCAAGGCCAAGCCUGGCCAAAACCCAAUGUUCCAGGAAACUUACUUAUUCACUAAAAUUCCACAAGAGGAGGUACAAGGCUAUGGGAUCCGGAUACGACUGUACGGUCUAGAGCGGAUGAGGAGGGAGAGGAUGAUUGGAGAGAGCAUUAUUGGCUUCGCUUCUCUAAACCUGGAAAUGGCAUGUACCCACUGGAUCAUCCUAGAACCACGCAGUAAUCUCAGUGGUGGGGACUCCAGGUUUGAUGUGUCAAGUCUGUCUCGCAGUGACAGUGCUUCGUCGACACAGUCCAUGCAGCAUGGCGGUAUGCCUGAACUGUUACUAGGUCUUGCCUACAAUGGUACCACAGGAAGACUUUCUGUUGAGGUCAUCAAGGGAAGUAACUUCAGAAACAUGGCGAUGAACAGGGCCCCAGACACAUACGUGAAGUUGACACUGAUGUCACCUACUGGCCAGGAGGUAGCACGGAGUAAGACGUCCAUCAGACGUGGUCAACCUAAUCCUCUGUUCAAGGAGACAUUCAUGUUCCAAGUGGCACUGUUCCAGCUCGCGGAGGUCACACUCAUGGUUUCUGUGUACAACAAACGCAGUAUGAAGAAGAAAGAUAUGAUUGGAUGGUUUUCUAGUGGUCUGAACAGCAGUGGUGAUGAAGAGUUGUCUCACUGGACGGACAUGAGGGAAAGUAAAGGAGACCAAGUGUGUCGGUGGCAUGUCCUUCUAGAGUCGUGAAACAGCCUCAUGGUCCUAGUCCACACCUACCACAUAGACCCCAUGGCCACUCUGACAUCACUGUGACAUUACCGACGCUCACCUUCACAUGCAAUACUUAUAUAAAUCCUACGGGACUUGUUCUUGGUUGUGUUGAUGUGUUGGUGGCAGCUACCACAAUGUUGUAUCUAUGACUACAGUGAUUCAGGCCUGUCUCUAUGGAGACCAGGAAUCUCAUUGUUUUCAUGAGGACAGAUUUGAUAUUUCAGUCAUAAUAGACUAGAGCAUAAUAUACCUUGCUUCAUCUUGAAUACAACUCAGAUUCCUGUUACUAUGGCAACAGAGAUUGCCUGGUGUUAUUCUAAUCACUCCAGAUAUCAACAGACAUUUCAGUGUGGUCAUGACAACUGUACAACUCCAUGGUAAAGAGACAUUCACAAAUCAGUGCCAGCCUCUUUUCAAACUACGUGGUGGAGUGUCUGCACCUUUACUGUGACCUAUAGGAGAGGCCUCGGAAGAGUCACAGGGAAGCAUCUCUGAGUUACUAAUCUAGACAGUCAAAGGGAAGCUUCCCAAUGACCAAUUUAGGAGGUCAAAGAGGAGCUUCUCAAUGACCAAUCUAGGAGGUCAAAGGGGAGCUUCUCAAUGACCAAUCUAAGAGGUCAAAGGGGAGCUUCUCAAUGACCGAUCUAGGAGGUCAAAGGGGAGCUUCUCAAUGACCAAUCUUGGAGGUCAAAGGGGAGCUUCUCAAUGACCAAUCUAGGAGGUCAAAGGGGAGCUUCCCAAUGACCGAUCUAGGAGGUCAAAGGGGAGCUUCUCAAUGACUGAUCUAGGAGGUCAAAGGGGAGCUUCUCAAUGACCAAUCUAGGAGGUCAAAGGGGAGCUUCUCAAUGACCAAUCUAGGAGGUCAAAGGGGAGCUUCUCAAUGACCAAUCUAGGAUGUCAAAGGGGAGUUUCUUAAUGACCAAUCUAGAAGGUCAAAGGGGAGCUUCUCAAUGACCAAUCUAGGAGGUCAAAGGGGAGCUUCUUAGUGACCAAUCUAGAAGGUCAAAGGGGAGCUUUUCAAUGACCAAUCUAGGUGGUCAAAGGGGAGAUUUUUAAUGAAAAAUCUAGACAAAGACAUUGCAUGUAGCUACUUAAUCAGUGUAAAAAUCUGUGUCCAAUUUUACUUCAAAACCAUCAUUAUUUUAUGGAUUUCUUUAAUAUACAUGUACUAUUAUCAAGGCUCUUAUACACAAGGGUAUUUUACAAUCACUCCUCACCUAUAUGUAGAGAAAUUUCUUUUUGUUGCCUGGUAAAAUUGAAGCCAGGUUCAUCUCUGUAUUCAUUUAGUAAAAAUGUACAUAACUAGGGGAAGUAUUCCUUAAGAUUCUCCAUAAAAUAUUUUGCUAUGACGAACUAUUUGGAGCCUAUAUCGUCAUCGGAUGCUGUGCUAUGAUCGCUUUCUUUUAAAAACUACUGCCUGUUCAUAAAAACAGUGUUUAUUACUGUAUUGAUCCAGCAAUAAAUACAUGUCUGAUAAUAAGCCCACCCCUGUCAAAUACAGUUCAGUAGAAACGGAAACACAUGCCUGAUAAUAAGCCCACCCCUGUCAAAUACAGUUCAGUAGAAAUGGAAACACAUGCUGGGCUUACUGCAGUAUAAUUAUAUAUUAUACAGUUUGAAGAUAUAGAAAAUUCAUCUUGUGAACGAUCAAUUCAGUGAAGCUUGAAUAGUAUAUUAUCUGCACAAAUUAAGUUUAAUUUUACUUAGCAUAUAGAUUAUAUAUUUUCAUUGAGGGAUUUGAUUUGAUAUCAUUUGAUAUUCUCAUUAUGUAUGAAAUUGAUGAUUUAAUGGAUAGAAAUCAAAAUUUAGAAAACAAAUCUAUUAAUAGAUUUUAAAACACAUUUUUAAAUCUGUUAGUGAUAUUACAAAAUAAAAUCAUUAUGAUUAAGUUCAGGAUAGAAGUCAGCAAACUUCCAUACCCCCCUAGAAUUAGCAACCAUCAAUUUGUUGUUACGGGUAGUACUUUGUUAAGGACAGUCUAGGAAUUGAGUACUAUCACUUAUAGUGCCAAAAAUUACUUUAUUAGCAGCUGUUCAACUGUUCUUAUUCAAUUUUCCUUAAUGUGAUCUAUUAAAAAACACACACUUAUAUCCUUCUGGUAUUAUCAAUUAUUUGACAAUGAUUUACAGUCUUGGUUCACAGUAACACAUGCUGAGGUGAGGGGUCGUGGCUGAUCUGUUUGACAAUCAUCCACUGGAGUGAGGGAUGGCCGCGACAAUCAAAUAAUGGGUGGCUACACUUCCUCUGAAACCCAAGUGACGGCUGACCACACUUGUUUUGAAACCCAAGUGACGGCUGACCACACUUGUUUUGAAACUCAAGUGACAGCUGACCACACUUGUUUUGAAACUCAAGUGACGGCUGACCACACUUGUUUUGAAACUCAAGUGAUGGGCAGUCACACAUGUGAAGUAAUAAAUGACCAACUACAAGGACUCUUUUAGACUAGUCUAGAUGAGAUAUAGGAAAGUCAAACAUGUGGUCACCACAGUAUGCGAGAUAUUCUAAAAUCUGUGUUUAGUUUUUGUUAAGUUUUUGUUGCACAGAGAAAUAGUACCAAAAAUACAUUUAUAUGUACAAAAAAUAUCAUAAGGAACAUACAAAUUAAUGCAUUACGAUGAAAAUCUAUAAAAAGCAUUCAUAACCUAAGUUUUUUGAUAGAAACAUUGAACAAUUUAUGACAGACUUGGCUUAGUGAGAGGGAGUAAGACUUGGUAAGAGGAAGUUAGACUUGGUUAGAGGGAGUUAGACUUGGUUAGAGGAAGUUAGACUUGGUUAGAGGGAGUUAGACUUGGUUAGAGGAAGUUAGACUUGGUUAGAGGGAGUUACACUUGGUUAGAGGGAGUUAGACUUGGUGAGAGGGAGUUAGACUUGGUUAGAGGAAGUUAGACUUGGUUAGAGGGAGUUACACUUGGUUAGAGGGAGUUAGACUUGGUGAGAGGGAGUUAGACUUGGUGAGAGAGAGUUUCCCUUCUUUCUUGUCUCUUGUCACUGACUCAAUACUGACAACACACUGGACAUUUUCCGUGGAAUAUAUUCAGUAGAGAUCUAAACCAGUACUUACAGAAGUGGAUAGGGAUCCUGGUCAUAAAAGAUGGUACUCUAUAUUAUAGAUAUGUAUACAUGUAUAUUAAUUGUAUUUCUAUCCAAACUGUUAUUAAGAAAUGAUGUAACUCAUCUAAGCCAAGGUUUGAACAUCAUCAAAGCAGAUUAAUGCCUUCAAAUAGGUGCUAAAUUCAAUUUCUUUAAACGAACUAUAAUCCUCCUUUUUCCCCCCAGCAAUAUCUGUAUGUCAUAUCUGAAUACCACACCUGUAUAUCAUGUCUGAAUAUAUAUACCACACCUGUAUAUCAUACCUGAAUACCACACCUGUAAAUUGUACCAGUAUACCUGUAAUUUGUUUAUCUUAUGAUCUAGAGGUACUCUGGUAGAUCUUCCAGAGGGCUCACCUCUCAAGUCAAUUGAAAUACUUGGUUCAGGUCAAUGGUUAAAGUGUGUUUGUUAUAUAGCAAUGUAAGUGUUCACUGUGUCAUACUGUAAAUUUUCUCUCUGACAGUUUGCCUAUUUAAACAUUUCAGAAAUUAACAUUCCAUGUAAUAGUUUUUGAUUUCUAUCUUAUGUCAUUGUAUCUAACUGGACCAGUGUGACACCUGGUUUUAUUAGAAUAGAUCUAAUGUAUUUAUCUAUAUCCGAGUGUGUAUGACAAGGGAGGCUACUCCCCUGGCUUUAUGUGAAAUGUAUUUAAGUCACUAUAAGUAAUAACUAAAUUCCAUAUUUGAGAAAAAUGACUGAACUCUGUUACUUGUAGCAAAAAAGUGUACUGAUAAUUUGUUAAUUUUAAUUAAUUACAGUCGGAUUCUCCUAUAAAUAACACCACCCACAACUUAAUAUCUCUGACACUUCAACUCUCGGUUGGAAGACUUUCCUUUUCUUAUAAAGAAAAUUAAUAUUUUCCCAAUAAAAUGUUGCAGUUUAUGAGUGUUCUAAAGUGGGCGUGUGUAGGAGUUGGUGAAGGGGGAGGAUAACAACACUAGUUCAAAAUAGCAUUCAAAUAGUACACCUUUAUAAGUGAUUAAGGAAUCACUACUGUAAAAGUGCUCUACUUCUUUGUUGUAUUUUAAUAAAUAUGUAUCAGUGCAAUCUUUACUGUAUAUUGUGCUUCUAGCACCUUAUUCUUGAUUAUUUCAAUUCACUAAGGGAAAAUGAAGUGAUUGUUGUUUCAUGUUUAUAAAUGUAUGUAUAAAUACUCGCAGAAUAAUAAAUUUAUAAAUGACUCUCCUCACAUAUUAACAAAAACAUAACUAUACCAGGAUGUGUUGUGAAGUGUAGUGAUCUACAGAGAAGUCCAGUGUUAUUACUAAAACAGUGUAUGUGGAUUGUACUCAGCUAAAUGUAUGUAAACCCUUAAGACUUGACCCAUUGCUCUGUGUUUAGGACUUGACCCAUUGUUCUGUGUUUAGGACUUGACCCAUUGCUCUGUGUUUAGGACUUGACCCAUUGCUCUGUGUUUAGGACUUGACACGUUGCUCUCUGUUUCAGUUUUCCUCGUUAUACUCAUUUUGAAGAAUCUCAAGUUACCAAAUGAUUCCAGCUGAUUGUUAUUGUUAUGAGAUCUGGUUAUGAUGUGAUAUAUGGUAGUUAUGAUGGAAUAUAUUAGACCAGUUAUAAUGGGAUAUAUUUGCUUCAGUUAUAGUGUAGUAAUUGUAUUAAUUUUGUUUAUGAUAUAAUAUAUUUGGUCCAUUUACAAUAUGAUAUAUUCGUUCUGUUUACGAUGGGAUAAUAUAUAUUAGUUCUGGUUACAAUGCAAUAUAUUUGAUUCAUAAAGGAUAGGUUCAUAUAGCAUAACCAGUGAAAUGUUAAUUUGUGACAUUUUGAUAUCUAAUGUAGCAUGAUUUGUUCUCUGUCAGUAAAGUUUGUAAGUACUUACGAGAUGGCAAUGAAAUCAACAAGUAAUCUUAGGAGUUAACAAUAUACUUAACGGGUACAGGAGGCGCGGUAGUCUAGUGGUAGGUAACGGGACAGGAGGCGCACUAGUCUAGUGGUAGGUAACGGGACAGGAGGCGCGGUAGUCUAGUGGUAGGUAACGGGACAGGAGGCGCAGUAGUCUAGUGGUAGGUAACGGGACAGGAGGCGCAGUAGUCUAAUGGUAGGUAACGGGUACAGGAGGCGCGGUAGUCUAGUGGUAGGUCAUCGGGCUCGUGAUCGAAGGGUUGCUAGUUCGAGGCACGGCACAGCACUGUGUUGUAUCCUUGAGCAAGAUAAUUUACUCUGCUUGUUCCAGUCUACUCAGCUGUAAAUGUGUACGUGGUUGGGCAGUGCUAGAACUGUAGAAUGUAGCUGUGAUUGCCGGAAUGGCAGCACCGGCUGUAUGCUCCCAGGGAGUUGAGAACGAUAUUGGCUGGUUGCAAUGGCCCUAUAACCAUGGAUAAUAGUUUGUGAUCCGCUUUGAGAUGAUCUAUGAACUAGGUUGUGAUAAAGCGGUAUAUAAGAACCUCAAAUUAUUAUUAUUAUUAUACACUUUAAGUGUAGCUACAUUUCCUUGUCGUACAUUUUGAACAUCUUGGUGUACACACGCUUUACUGGUCCUAUUUUUAGGGCGGUAACAGAGUACAUGUGGUAUCAGACAUCAAACGUCACACACAAAACAUGUCACUGGUUGUGAUAUAUCUGUAGGCAGUAGAUAUUUACCAACCUGAAGAAAUUGUUUUGAAGUAUGGUUACAAUGCAAUAUAUUAGAUCUGGUUACAAUGUGAUGUACCAGAUCAGGCCUUAGUGCCAGGAAACUUCUUAAAUCUUAGAACAUUCAUAAAUGUUACAUUCCCUCUCCAAUGUUCUUAAUUUCAAUUUUCUGCAAUGCAUUCCCCUUUUCAAGUUACCGGCUGAUUUCUUAACAUUUAUUGAUAAUUGUUGUAUUAUUUCAACAACUAUUUCAGGAAUUAAAGCCCUUAAAUAAAUCUGAUCUUGGGAAUUGAGAACAUUGGUUCUGUAAGAUUCUGACCCAUUCCUCCGCUGUUUUCUACCGUUAAACAUUAAAACUUACCAUAUUAGUAAGUUUUGUUCAGAUUUUUUUUUAACUUUUGUUAACAUUUCAUUUUUUCCUUCAAAAUACAUGUGUUUUGUAUAAGGACAAAGGGUGUUACUUUGUUAUGCAUUCUCUGUAAGGAGAGACUCACUCUAAUAUCAUCUUUGUUAAAGUCUGUAUAUUUCUAUGACAUUUUGAAGUUUGUUCGUUAUUGACUCUACAACUUUUGUUUGCGGACUAUGCAUGUGUUAAUGUUUGUAUCGGGAAAGUGUGAUCUUAAUUGUGUUCCUUGAUACCCUCUACUGAUCUAUUUACAUGUGUUUAUCAAAAAAUGUUAUCAAAUUCGUGUUGAAAAUAACUGUUUUUUAUUUAAGGAUUGAUACACUGUUUAUUUUCUGUGCGAACAAAUGCCGAUAAUCUUUAUGUAUAUGACUUUGGAAAUAUGCUUUUUAGUUUUCUUUAUUUAAUCUUUUUAGAAAUAUUUACAAUAUUGUAUCCUCACUAGGUAUAUUUUUAUGUUAUGUUUAUAUAAUUUUAUUUACAUCUGCUGUGUUUGUUCAGUUGUAUUUCACACCUGGAUGUAUUGCUGAAGUUUGGUUGUGUUAAAUGUAUAUCCAAGGUCCUGUUGUAUCAUUAGCAAAGGGAGACAACCAGUGUGUCGUAUGAUUGGACAUUUCCACUGAUAAUUGCUGUUAUAAUUACUUAUAAUGUUCUCAAUAGCUUUAAUUUAGACUUCUUACCUAAUGUUGGGUUUCGUUUUUUAAGCAACUUGUUUUAGUUAUCUGUUUUAUUUUAGUAUUUAGUUGGUAACUGCUUCAUCAUUGUAUCAGGUGUCGGGUGAUCCGCCAUCACUGUGUCUCCGUGACCCAACACCGGUGAGCUGUAUCCAAAUCCUACAUUUCUUAUAACUCACUGAAAUUGUGUGAUCAAAAAGUAUAAUCUAGACAUUGAUAACUUUAUUUGGCUUCAAUGCCUUCCCUAUUUCUACCAAAUAUUGAUAAAUUGGAUAAUUUCUAAUUAUUGUUCACCAGACAGAAUCUGAUUUUAAGGAUGAACAGUUUCUAACAGACGUGUACAUGCCUCAGUAUUUACAUACACAUUUAGAUGUCUGAUAAGUGUGUAUGCACUACAUUUACACUGCCUCCUUAUAGCUGGUAUUGUGUUCAGAGCAAAGAGACUUGAUUGUUUUUAUUUGAUGAAGAAUUGUUGUUUCAGAAUUAAAUGUUGACAUAUGAAGGAGAGCUGAAGACAUUUUGUCUGAUUGCUGGCUGUGAGGGUUGCUUGCUGUAACUUGGAUAUCUGUUGUAGUGUUAUACUAUAACACCCAGAUACAGGGUACGACAGUGAUGCUAUAAGAGAAUAAUGAUGUGAAUGAUGAUGUCACAGAAACGCUCUGUGCUGUAUUGCUGUAAGAGAUUGUGAUUUAUAAAGCUCAACACCAAUACUCGGGUAGCAUGCUUUAGACCUUACCUAUUCCACUAACCGUAACUAAGGUGUGGUGUAAAAUGUGUAUAGAUGGGGUAUCUUUACCCGAAUGUUUUUAACUUAUUUAUUCCUUUAAAGACUUAUUGCUAUCCGUCAAGAAGUGCUUUUACCAACCUCUCAGUAACUAAUCAAGUAAGUAAAAAUGUGAAAUGGAGAUUCUUAAAUUUGUUUGUUUAUGUUUCAAGACUUGUGUCUUCAACACACCUGAAAAGGCCGCUUUUAGAGCUCAAUGGUAUUAAAUUACAAUACUCCAGCAGUAUGAGCUAAAAUUGUUGGGAUCCAUUAUAUUGGUCUUAAAUAAGCAUAUAUAAGCUUCGGUCAUUUUGUUGCUAUCCUGUGACUCACAAUAAUAUUGUUAAACUAGGCCUAUUCAGUAAAUGUUCAUAGAAUGCAGAAGUAACAUGUACAAGUGUAGCAG